GUCGCCAUGAACCCAUACUCAAGGCCGAUAAAACACAUCCAGCGCGAGGACCUCUACACCAACCUCGAAGUCCGCAUCCAAUACCUCCACUCAUUCCUCGACUUCUCGAGCCGUGACAUUGACGCCCUCAUUAGCGACUCCAAAUACAUCAAAGCCCUCAUCCCCGCCGUCGUUAACAUUGUCUACAAGAAACUCCUUCAGUACGACAUCACUGCCCGCGCAUUCACCACAAGAAGUACAUCCUUCGAAGGUCCUCUCGAUGAUAUCCCCGACGAAAACAGCCCGCAGAUCCUGCAUCGCAAGAUGUUCCUGCGGGCGUAUCUGAACAAACUGUGUUCGGACCCGAGUAAGAUGGAGUUUUGGGAGUAUCUUGACAAAGUCGGAAUGAUGCACGUCGGGCUCGGCAGAAAACACCCUCUACACAUCGAAUACGUCCACCUGGGCGCCUGUUUAGGCUUCAUCCAAGACAUUAUGAACGAAGCCAUCCUCUCCCACCCGCGCCUACACAUCCAGCGAAAAAUCGCCCUCGUCAAGGCCCUCAACAAGGUCAUCUGGGUACAAAACGACCUCAUGGCAAAGUGGCACGUCAAAGAUGGCGCCGAGUUCGAGGCCCCCGACUCCGAUAUCGAGAUUGAGCGCGAGGGUUACCUGCAUGGUAAGAAGAUACUGGAAGACGAAGAUAUGAAGGACAAUGCAGAUGGGAGUGGCUCGCCAGAUGGAGAGGAGGGUAGGCCCAGAGGGCGAGGGACGUGUCCGUUCUCCGGGGUUUCGGCUGCGGGAGCGUCAGUCAGACAUGAUUCCGAAGAGAUCACUCAAUGA